UUCCAUUUUGUCUAUUCCUCUAUUUAUAGACUCCUUGCUUCGUUCAACUUUUAAGAUGAUAGAAGAUACAAAAUCAUGGCAGUCUCCAAUCAAAACAAGAGCAUUCCUGCAGAAGAUGAGAGCAAAUAUGACCGAAGAAACAGAGAACUCAGAGCCUUCGAUGAAACAAAUGCCGGUGUUAAGGGACUAGUAGAUGCUGGUAUCGAUAAAGUCCCAUCCAUCUUCAACUGCACAGAGUUCGGCUUCAAUGGUUACCUGAAUGCAACACCAGACGGACCCGGAUUCGACAUUCCCAUCAUAGACCUUGAUGGCAUCCAAACAGACCCUGCUCGGCGAUCCGAGAUAAUUCGCCAAGUCCAAGAUGCAUCUGAGGGAUGGGGAUUCUUCCAGGUCAUCAAUCAUGGGAUACCCUCAAGUGUUCUGGAGGAGACCAUAGAUGGGAUCCGCCAGUUCCACGAGCAGGACACAGGGGUGAAGAAACGGUUCUACACAAGGGACCUGAGAAGUAAGGUUAUUUACAUGUCAAACUUCGAUCUGUAUGAGGCACCGGCUGCUAACUGGAGGGACACUUUCGUUUGUGGUGUGGUGCCUAAUCCACCAGAUCCCGAAGAAUUGCCUGGAGUUUGCAGGUGGGAUAUUAUCAGAGAAUACUCGAUGCAAAUGAAAUCACUUGGGAUCACGCUCUUUGAGUUAAUAUCAGAAGCUCUAGGCCUGAAACGGGGUUACCUGAAAGAAUUGGUCGAAGAUGAAGAGAGGAUUCUUCUUGUAGGGCACUACUACCCACCGUGCCCCGAACCCGAGCUUACUCUGGGCUCUACAAGCCACCAGGAUGAUGACUUUCUCACCAUACUCUUACAGGACCAAAUCGGUGGGCUUCAGGUUCUUCAUCAGAACCACUGGGUUGAUGUUGUUCCAGAUCGUGGCGGCCUCAUCGUCAAUGUCGGUGAUCUUCUCCAGCUCAUAUCCAACGACAAGUUUAUAAGUGUCCAGCACAGGGUGCUAGCCAAGAGGGAAGGCCCGAGGAUCUCAGUGGCAUGUUUCUUUAAGUUGCAAUAUCCGAAGGGAGAUGCACCAAGACACCUAGGACCAAUCCAGGAGUUAAUAUCGGAAGGAAAUCCACCGGUCUACCGGCACAUCAAUGUGAAAGAGUACUUUGAUCACUUCUACGGUAAAGGGCUCGAUGGCAACCCUGCUUUGACUCCUUUCAGGUUGUGAUGUUUCUCAAGAAAUAUCUGCCCCAGAAAUUGCAGCCUCCAGGGACAUUCCAGUUAACAUAUAGUCGAAUUGAGAUGUUGUAUGAUUGUAAGAUUAUGUAUAGACCCGCUUUUUCCUCUCAUAUAGCUAUAAGGACGGAUUGUUUAUCACGACCGGUCGAUUGAAUAGCAUAACAGUUUCCUUUAUUUU